AUGCAAGUAUACAAAAAGCUUGACAUAAUAACUAAUAAACACCCGCUUAAGGAAAGAGAUGGUAUAACUCAUCAUGUCAUGGAUCAUGUUAAUUGGAAUGAAGAAUACUUUAUUCAUCGAUUUUCAAAAGAAGCAAAUAAUGCUAUCGAAGACAUACAUAGUAGAGGUAAAAUACCUAUAAUUAUAGGCGGUACACAUUAUUACUUGCAAAACUUGUUAUUUAAGAACAAAACCGUAGGUGAAAAUAUAAAUAACUCGAAAGUGACAAGAGAAUUAACUAAGGACGACGUUGAACUUCUUGAUGGCCCUGUAGCUAAAAUGUUUGAUAAAUUACGACAGAUUGAUCCCAUAAUAGCUGAAAAGUUUCAUCCUGAGGAUAAGAGAAAAUUGAGAAGAGCUCUAGAAAUUUACAUGACAACAGGACAGAAACCGUCUGAAAUUUACCAUGAGCAGAAGUUGGAUGAAUUAGAAGACACGUCUUUAAGAUACAAUACUCUACUCUUCUGGGUAUAUUCUGAUCCAGAAAUUUUAAAGGACAGGUUAGAUAAAAGAGUCGACAAUAUGAUGGAACUUGGAGCACUUGACGAAAUAAAUGAAUUAUAUGAGUUUUAUAGAGCUCAAGUGCCUGUUCCCGAUUGUACUACUGGGAUAUGGCAAGUUAUAGGUUUUAAGGAAUUUUUGCCCUGGCUUGAAUCGACUGGAAGCUUGAAUAAAGAAGAAUCUUCUAGAUGGUUCAAUCAAGGAGUUGAUAGAAUGAAAAUUAGAACAAGGCAAUAUGCGAAAUAUCAGGUCAAAUGGAUAAAGAAGUUGUUGGCCGUUGAGCUUAAUAAAGAAGCAAGAUUUAACUUCAAAUAUGGCGGAAAGUUAUAUUUACUAGAUGCAUCAGAUUUAGGUUCCUGGAAUGAAAAGGUUCGAGAAGUAGGUUUAAGUAUUGCAAAUCAAUUCCUAACAACCGGUCCUAGUUCUGUGACCCAUGUACAAGCUCCAGAACAUUUACAAGAUAUCUUCCCUGAUAAUAGCUUUCUCGACAACAUCAAUAGCAAUAAGAAAUUGGGUUCUGAAAAGAAUUGGAAGCAUUAUGAAUGCAAGGUAUGCAAAGAUAAGCAAGGAAAGAAUCUAAUUGCCGUUGGAGAGGAAAAUUGGCAAAUACAUUUGAAAAGCAGAAGGCAUAAACGACAAUUGGGAUCUGGAGAAAGAAAGAGAAAGCAUGAACAGAUGAUCAACCAAUAUAAAAAGCUGACACCAACCAGUGAAGAUAGUCUGUAUAUUUAA